CACACAUUGUAUAACUACUGAUAAUACUUACCUAAUCUUCCACAUCACAUUUUCACCGAGAAGGCCUCAGAUAUAAUACGCUUUAACUUUGUAUCAAAGCGUGCAUAGCGUGUAAAACAAUUGUGGAUAUAUUCAACUCAUCAUGGAAGAAAAGGCUAAAGAUGAAGAGACAGCGGAUGGUCCCAAAAGUAACCGAGAAAGUUGGGGCAGUCAACUGGAGUUUGUGCUCACCAUGAUUGGAUAUGCUGUGGGCCUCGGCAACGUAUGGCGCUUUCCGUACUUGUGCUUCAGGAAUGGCGGAGGUACGUAUGGUGCUUUCCGUACGUAUACUUCAGGAAUGGCGGAGGUGCAUUCCUCAUACCGUAUUUUCUAAGUCUGUUUUUGAUGGGUAUCCCGAUGUUCUUUCUGGAGCUCAACUUUGGGCAGUUCGCUAGUCUGGGGCCUUUGAAGAUUUGGAGAAUGAAUCCCGCCAUGAAAGGGGUCGGCAUGAGCGUGGUGCUUAUCACGGCGUGCAUCAUCGUCUACUACAACGUUGUCGUCUCUUGGUGCGUCUACUUCUUCUUCGCCUCGAUGACGUCACAACUCCCCUGGUCGGACUGCGAGAACGAGUGGAACACGUGCCGAUGCCGGGACACAACCAUGAAUACAUCGCUUAGCUUCCCUUGGCAUAAUGAUUCCCGGCUCGCCCAGGAUUGUAUUAACUUUACGAAUACAGCUAACAAAACUACCACACCGGCAGAAGAGUACUUUUUGCGCCGGGUCCUGCGACGCACGGAAGGCAUCGAUCACGGCGGCGCGGUUCUGUGGGACGUUAGCCUGUGCAACCUGCUGGCCUGGACCAUCGUCUUUCUCGUGAUUGCGCGCGGAGUGGAGACGCUAGGAAAGGUGAUGUAUUUCGCCUCCAUAUUCCCAUACGUCCUCCUCACUGCGCUGCUGAUCCGCGGGCUGACUCUGGAGGGACACAGCACCGGUAUCGACUUCUACCUCACACCCAAUAUCACCAAACUCACGGAUGCCUCGGUUUGGAGCGACGCCGCCGUGCAGAUCUUCUAUUCCCUGGGCAUAUGUCAAGGAGGCCUCAUCGCCAUGUCCAGUUUUAGCAGCUUUAAGACGAACACUCUAAGAGAUGCGCUAAUAGUGCCUAUCAUCAACUGCGGCACGAGUUUCUAUGCCGGCUUCGUCAUCUUCUCCGUGCUUGGCUUCAUGGCGGACCGAAAGGACACCUCCGUAGCCAACGUGGUCGCAGACGGUCCCGGGCUGGUGUUUAUGGUGUACCCGGAAGCGCUCGCCCAGAUGCCCGUGGCGCCGCUGUGGUCAAUACUCUUCUUCCUAAUGAUGACAAUGCUUGGACUCACGUCACAGUUCUCGGCGACGGAGACAGUGCUUUGCAGCAUAAUGGACGAGUUCCCAUCCCUCCGAGCGUCCAGGUUGCGCACUGCCGGCUUCCGGGCAUCCGGGUGUCUCGUCCUAUUCCUGCUGGGCUUGCCCAUGACAACCGAGGGUGGCUUCUACCUGUUUUACCUGAUUGACAAUUACGUCGGAGGUCUACCUCUGCUGUUCGCUGGAGUAUUCCAAAUCAUCGCCGUCAUUUAUGUUUAUGGUGUUGGCAAAUUCAAGAAGGACAUAGAGAUGAUGCUGGGAAAGCGGUUGGUGACGAAGGUCGCGCUCGCUUUCUUCAUUCCCAUGUGGUGUUUCGUAACUCCUGCCUGUCUCAUGGGUGUGAUCAUAUUCAAGUGUGUGCAGCUCAAACCCUUGGCCAUGGAAUCUUACGUCUAUCCGGAUUUCGGCAACGCCAUUGGUUGGAUCUCUGUUUCCGCGUGUAUAUUAAUUGUGCCGGGCUGGUUCAUUGGUUACUAUUGCUAUAUGGGCGGUGGACGGCUGCUCGCGGAAGUGAACAGCCCGAAGAUGAAGUGGGGACCAGCCAACCCCGAUGACAGGGGAGAGAGAUACAAGCUGCCCGACUACGGGGUGUACAGCCGAGACAUAAUGGAAAACGAGAGCAAGGUCACGCCUCAUCAAGUUGAGCCUAUCCUGGGCGUGGACAGUAGAGUGGAGGGGGAGGCAGGGGCAGGGGCAGAUAACCUGGCAUACAAAGAGACUUAACCAGUGUCAAUAUAUUCAUACUCCUGAUUUAAUAUCACAUUAACCCAUUUAUGCCUAGUUGACUCUCCCAUCCUUCUAAAUUGGAUCAAUUUAUUUCCAAAAUUAGGGUAUCUAGAAUAUUUAUUUCUAUAUUUAUAAUAUUUCUUACAGAAAUUCCAUUAAGCAAACAGCGCAGACCCUGCUGAGACGCCGCAGCACGUAUACGCUCAAUAUAAACGAAGUUUUCAUAAUCGAUGUCAAGAAUUUGUAAGGUCGCCGUGGUAUUAUGAUUAUGGUGUCCGCCUAGCGACCGGCAGAUCACGGGUUCGUUGUUGACGUUGUAGUAGUUCAAACAUAUACCUAACAUGAUUUCACAGAAUCCAUCAUUUAUUUACAUGUACUAUGAUUUUGUAUUGGUUGUUAAUAUGAAAAAAAAUAUGAUUGAAAAUAGUUUUGUUACAUGCAUAUUUGGAUAUCCAUGUAUUUUAGUACUUUGUCUACAAUCUUGCUUUAUAUUUAGUUAUAUUGUGUUUUACGUAUAUUCAGUGAAAAGUAACAAAUAAAUAAAUUCCAGCGUCA